CCUCUACAUCUAACCUCAUCCAUUCCAUUCGUCAGUGAAAGUUAUAACGUAGUAAGGUAGUGGAAAAUAAAAAAAUGGCUGAUCAAAGUGACAGGAGUCAAUUACCACCUGGUUGGGAGUGCAGAUAUGACAUAAGAAGUGGUCGUCCAUAUUUUAUAAAUCAUUUUAAUUGUUCGACGUCAUGGGAAGAUCCGCGUGUAAGAUAUUGGCAGUAUGCACAAUACACACACGGACAAAAUUCAACAGCUACAAGUUCAUCAAAUGGAAAUUCACAUGAAGCUAUACCACUACAAAGUGGUGGUAAUAUUGGUGGUGGUUUUGUUUACACUGCAACACAUCGUGCACCACAAGUUUAUCCGAGCCCAUCACCGUAUAAUAAUCCACAGCCUGCUUUUUUGCCAUGUUUGCAGGAUUUAAAGACACCAAUGUCAACGACACGUUCAAUAAGUGCGACAACAAAUAAAUUCGGUGAUAUGACAAUAGGUUCACCGACACCAUUAAAAAAUAUGGAAACAUCAUUUACACAAAGCUCGGAUGUUGAAUUACAAGUUGCCAAAAUAAAUGCUAUUUUUCCAACAGUAUCUGAUACCCAUAUUCGUCUAUUAUUGAAGAAAUAUAAUAAUAGACCAGCAUUGGUUGUAAGUGCGCUACAAAUUGAGAAGAAUCCACUUUGUGCACCUGGUCCAGGUACACCCGUUGGAGUACAUUCUAAUUACGCUAUACCGAGAUGGCGUCUACCAGCUCAUGCAAUACAUGCAGCUAUAACAUUGAGUCCACCACGUGGUGCAAGGCCAGCACCACAUUCCCCAAAAAUGAAACUUAGGUACCUGAAAAAUGUGUUUCCAAAAGUUGAUGAAACACUGUUGCUUGAUAUACUGGAGCAGAGUGAUAAUAAUGUUCAAAAAGCGUCGGAAAAGUUGAUUGAACAGGGAUAUGAAAAGAGAAAUCCAACUGGACCAAGUAAAUCAUUGAUACGUCCUAAAGAAGAUAUACAUAAAGUUAAUAAAGUAACACCGACUCCACCACCGCGUAUGAAAAGUGUUGAAGAAAAAAAUAAAUUAAAGACAAAAUUAAUGGAAAAAUAUAAAUCAGUACCGGAUAGAGUGAUAGCAUUAGCGAUGGAUAGCGUUGAUUAUGAUGAAGAAAAAGCAGUACAUAUAUUAGAUAUUAUGAUUGCUGAAGAAGCUGUACAACCAUUACGUACAUCAAGUAGUCACAGUAGUAGAAGUGAUGAAAGAAAAGAUAGUCCGCCAAUAACAGAAGCAAUUAAAUUAACAGCGUCACCAAUUAAAAAAAUACUUAAUAAAGAUGAUGCUGAUAAAUCGAAACGUUCAAAAAAUAAAAUUGAAACACACAAAAUAUCACGUGGUACAAGUACUACAGAAGACAGUGAAUAUAAAUCGCCUUAUAUUACUAAACCAAUUGGUGCUAAUUCUGAUUUAGCUAAAGGUCCUGAUAAUGACUUAUUAUUACCUGAUUAUGCGCCAUGGGCUGGUCCAGAUUCAUCAUUAUUAUUAACAAAAGAAACAAUUGGUAUUAAAUCAUUAGCUGUUGGACGUGAUUUAUCAUUCAUAAGUGGAUCACGUAGUAUCGCUAAAGGCCCAAAUGCUGAUUUAAGAAAAGGACCAUUGCGUGGUCUUGCUCAAGGUUCUAUAUACUCACAGAGAAACGCAGCUAAUACUGAAAGCCGUGGUAAAUGAGAUAUGUGCAAUUGUUUUUUCUCCUAUUAAUCUAUAUUUUAUUUAAAUUCAUUUAUUUUAUGUUGAAUUUAUUCAAAUUUUAUCAAACAAUAUCGUCCAAAAUUUUAUUAAUUUAUUCAGGACUGAUUGAUUUUGCCGGCCAGUAAUGUGUAAGAUUUUCAUUUUAUUUACUAAAUUGAUUUUUGUUUUUUCUUUUUUGUUUUUAUUUACCAUGGAAAAAAUAAGCAUAGAUCCGUAAAUAUUUUCACAAACAUAUCUAUAAAUAUUUUAUUUUUUAGUAAUUGCUCAAUUACUUAGUAAUUAAUACUAGUUUACAAAGUAUCGUGCCAAAUUAUAAUUGUUUAAAAAAUAAUUUUCGUUAAUUACUGGGGAAAAUAAAAUUUAUUUAAAUGAAAUUUAAAUUUCGCGAUAAAUUAAA